AUGGCAGCGAACGUCCCAAACACGUUUGGCCUAAGCUGCGCGACGUACAGCCUCUUUUACGCGGACAAGGACCUCAAUAGCUCCGCCUUCUUGGGCUGCUGCGAAAUCAACCCGAAAUCGACGCCCGACUGGCUCUGCCCGGAGAAGAAUAUCCGACAGAUGACCUACAACCCGAAAGCCUACCCCAAGAUCCCGGUGCAGAUGUGCCUGGACCCGACGGCCCAGUGGUGGUCGUGCGCCUACAUCAAAGUACCGUUCCUGGGCUGCUGCGUCGAGGACCCGUGCCGGGUCGGGUCCUGUUCGAAGUUCAAGGGGGCGAGGCUGGCCGAGAACAAGGACACUGCCAAGUCGUUUCUGGAUCGGGCAACAUCGAUAGUCCCCGAUCCGUCGGCGGCGACGGUGAGUGCGACGACGAUCCCAGCGACCAGGAUAGGAGCGCCGACCAACUUAGCCCCGGACGCAACGACGACGGCGGCCCCCUCCCCGUCAGGGCCAGGAGGGAUCGGCGGUGGCAACGGCGACGGCGGCAGCGGCAUACAGCCGGGUGUGGCCGCCGGCAUCGCCGUCGGUGCCGCCGCCGGGGCCGUGGGCGUCGCCCUGCUGAUCCUCUGGCUGGUGCGACGCAAACGCUCAGCCGCCGCCAACCAGCCAGCCGACACCGGCGCCCCGGCCGUGUCGGAGGCCCCAUUCAGCCCGGACUCGCAGGCCACGGCCGCCUCCCCCAAGCGCGGCAUGUGGCGGUCCUCCGUGUGGUCGCGCAACUCGGCGGUGGUGCCGUCGUCCAAGUACGUUCAGACGCCUCCGACGCCCAGCGCCCCGUUUCCACCGGCGUACCAGGCGGUGGCUACCCAGGAUGCGAGCGGGCCGGUCGAGCUUCCGACCAACGUCUGUUUCGAGCUGCCGACUGAAGGGUCGACGCGGCCGAUGCCCGGCCGCUGA